AUGUAUCAAACUGGGGACUUAAUUGGUAAGUGUUACCUAUCCUCCAAGGCUGUAUACCCCCUGCUGAAUCAAACCAGGUAUUGGGCAGUAACUGCCAUCUUUACCGUCGCUACACUGGCCUUUCUUAUUGCAGGGAUACUCACCCAAAGAAGGUCAAUGCGCACAUUAUACUACCUUUCCGCAUUGUCCUCAUAUGCAGGCUGUCUUGCCUAUUUCACCAUGGGGGCUGAUUUAGGCUGGGUAGCGGUCCAGGUGGAGUUUCCCCAAGGAGCAGAAACAAGGGUUAGCACGCCGACACGACAGGUCUAUUGGGUUCGCUACAUUCUGUGGACUGUAUCAGCCCCACUGGCGAUGAUUGAACUCUGUCUCCUCACCGGGGCCUCGUUCCGACUUAUUUUCUUGGAGGCUGUGAUAUCUUUUUCAGCUAUUGUGGCGACGUUGAUCAGUGCUUUGAUUCCGUCCUCAUAUAAGUGGGCUUAUUUCGGCUAUGGAGCUCUCCCCUGGGCUGGCAUUACGUAUCUAGCAAUCGUAACUGGAUACAAAAAUGUUUCAGCCAAACAUGUUACCAGACGCAGUCGCUACAUGGUGUGUGCCUUGUUUUGUAUGGCGACGUGGCUGAUGUAUGGAGUGGUCUGGUGUAUUAGUGAAGGGGCCAAUAUACUCUCGCCUAGUGUGGAGGGCGUUUUGUACGGGAUUGCCGAUGUGAUUGGAUUGGCGUAUUUCGGCCUCGUGCUGUGGGCUGCGCAGGUGUAG